UAACAAAGUAUUUUUCAAUUGCAAAAAUUUGUUAAAAAAGCAAAUAAAUAAAUAAUUACUGGCGUUUCUUGUGUCAAUUUACAAUUGUUCGUUGCAAAAUGGCGCGUGCAGUUUUUUGCAUGGUCGUCGCUUGCAUUUGGUUGCAAUGCGUUUACUCUGCAAAAUUUGAUGCAGAGAAUCGACGUCUGAUUGUCGAUAUCAAUGAUCAAAAGACAACGAACCAACAAUAUUAUUCCUCAAACUUUGACACAAACGCCUAUCGUUAUGGCUACGAUGUCGGUAAGACUGGAAACUUCCAUCACGAGACGCGUGGCCCUGAUGGCGUCACCUAUGGCUGUUAUGGUCUGAUCGAUCCCUAUCAUCUGCUGCGCGCCACACACUAUGUGGCCGAUGUGCAUGGCUACCGCACUGUGGAGCCGGAGAAACCAGUGGAGACCUUCCCGCCCGGUCUGUACAAUGAGACGAACGGUGGACCGUCCAAACCUGGCAUCCUGCUGCAGUGGCACGAACUCUACUUUCCCAUUGGCUGCGGCAAGUUUGAGGGCGGUGCCAUCCAUGACAUACCCUAUUUUGUAGUGGAUGAUAACAAGAACAAGGGCGUUGGCACAUCUGGCUCAUCGCUCUCCUCGUUUAACAUACCUGUACUGAAGGGUGAGGGCCAGAAGAGUUUGCCCAUUCACAAGCAAGGACCGAAGGGCUUGUUCAACACAAACGAAGGACACACAAACGAGGGACCUGGCGUUCAGGCUCCGUCCUUCCAUUCGGUGGCAUCUCUUAGACCCGGCAAUGAUGGAAAGUACAAUCCAGAAGAUAAUCGCUAUCAACAUGUUGUGGGUUCCCAGGGCGGUUUUGGCCCCAAUGGAGGACCAACCGGCCCUAAUGGCGGUUUCGGUCCCAACGGAGGACCAGUUGGUCCGAAUGGAGGAUUCGGUCCCAAUGGCGGACCCAGCGGGCCAAACGGUGGCUUCGGACCUAAUGGUGGCUUUGGACCAAAUGGAGGAUUCGGACCGAACGGUCCUCCCGGUCCCAACGGACCCAAUGGACCCAAUGGGCCCAACGGCCCACCUGGACCCAAAGGACCACCCGGACCACCAGGACCUCCGGGACCAGUCGGCGAGGGAUCGGGAGCCUCAGGAAAACCGGUAUAUAGGGAUGGCGAUCGCACUGGCAGCGGUGCUGGCAACAAUAUCGGUGGUGGAGAUGCCACAGGCCCGGGCGGCGGUUUCGGUGUCGGUGGCGGUGACAAAUACCAAACCGGCGCCGGUUCCGGCGCUGGUCGCGGUGACAGAUACCAAACUGGCGAUGGUUCCGGCCAAGGUGAUGGUGGCAAAUACCGUCCUGGCACUGGUACCGGAUCUGGUGAUGGUGGCGCUUACCACACCGGCAGCGGUUCCGGCCCUGGCGGUGUUGGCGUCUAUCCUCCCGGCAAAGGUUCCGGUGUUGGCGGCGGUGAUGCCACCGGUCCUGGCCCUCUGGGCGGUGCUGGCCAAUAUCGCCCUGGCAAUGGUGGCAACAUCGAUGACGGUGAUGCCAACCAUCCAGGUGCCGGUGAUGGCAACCGUCCAGGCACCGGUUACAAUACAGGUGCCGGUGAUGGCAACCGUCCAGGCGCCGGUUACAAUACAGGUGCCGGUGAUGGCAACCGUCCAGGCACCGGUUACAAUACAGGUGCCGGUGAUGGCAACCGUCCAGGCACCGGUUACAAUACAGGUGCCGGUGAUGGUAACCGUCCAGGCGCCAGUUACAAUACUGGCAGCGGCGUCGGUGGCCGCCCGGGCAGCGGUAAUGGCGGCUAUAACGGCAACCAGAACGGCAAUAAUGGUGCCUACACUCCAGACACAAAUACCGGUUUUCCUGGGGCCAUCAAAUACACUUCAGGAGCCGGUAAAUAUAAUAACCCUAGAGGCGGAAGUUAUAAUGGUAUUAACGAUGGAAAAUACUAUCACGAUGAUUCUGGCAAAUAUGUACAUGUUGAAGGCCCCACUGGACCUCCAGCUCCACCAUAUGUGCAUGUAGUUGGACCCGAGGGCGGCUAUGGCGGCAAUGGAGGCAAUGGCGAUGGUGGCGGUACCGGAGGAUUUGGCCCCAACGGACCUGGUGGACCAAACGGACCCGGCGGACCCAAUGGACCUGGCGGACCAAAGGGACCCAAGGGCCCACCCGGCCCUCCCGGACCACCAGGACCACCAGGACCUAAUGGACCCGAUCGUCCAGGACCCAAGGGACCAGGCGGCCCACCCGGACCACCAGGACCACCAGCUAAUGGAGGACACGCAGAGUUGGGCCCACCAGGACCACCCGGUCCUUAUGGCCCAACACGUCCCGGACCACCAGGCCCUCCUGGCCCACCUGGCCCAACUCGUCCCGGACCACCCGGCCCGACAUACAAGCCGAACGAUCCCAGGCAUUCGGACAAGGAGACACCUGGUUACCUGCCGCCAAAUCAACCGGGUAAAAUCGUACCACCCCCAUCCCUUUCACUAGUCAAAGAACCGACCAAUAAGCCACCAACUUUCAAGCCAAAUUACGAUAAUUACGAUAAUUCUGUGAUUAAGAAAGUGUCGUCAACUAAAACACCACUAACCUAUAUUCCACCUUCUUUCCCAAAUACCGUUCCUAUCCAUGUUCCUGCGAAUCCCACACCACGACCGCCAACCAAAACAAUAACGACGACGACGAUAACACAGCCAAAGGUCCCGGCUAUCACUAUUAAUACGGAUAGACCAGUAAAAGGCAUUACAACAAAAGUAACAACGGCGAAACCUGCGUUUGUAAUGCCGAUAAGACGCACUCAUCAAAAACAACCUAUACCUCCUCCACAACCUAUCCCAACUCAAAUCCGGCCUCGGUCGACUUUAAUAAACAAUUCAACGGCUUCAAUGGAAACACGAAUUUCGGCAGCAUAAUGAACGCCAUGUCACUAACC